CAUCACGUGGACGCUAGGGAUUUUCGUUUCUUCGAUGCGAGUGGUGCGUCAAAUUGAGGUUAGAUUCUCAAAACCGCGUGUUUUGUACAUACAGCGUGUUCACUGAACGCGUAAACAAACGUAUUUUUUAAUUGAAAAAGAAAACACAAUGGGUAGACCAGGAUUCUCGCCGGGUGGCCGCGGAGGAGGCGGUCGAGGCGGCGGUGGUUUUGGUGGUCGUGGAGGCCGCGGGGGUGGAGGCCGUGGCGGUGGAGGCGGCGGACGUGGUGGUUUUGGCAGGGGAGGAGGAGGCGGUGGCGGCGGUCGCCCGAGUUUUGGUAGAGGUGGAGGCGGCGGUCGUGGAGGCCGCGGGGGAGGAAGAGGCGGCGGCGGCGGCCGAGGCGGGUUCAAAGGGGGCAAGACAGUGGUAAUUGAACCGCAUAGACACGAGGGCGUGUUUAUCGCCAAAGGCAAAGAGGAUGCUUUAGUUACUUUGAAUCUUGUUCCGGGGUCUGAGGUUUAUGGAGAGAAGAGGAUAUCAGUUGAGACUGAUGGAAAUAAAGUCGAAUACAGAGUUUGGAACCCCUUCAGAAGCAAACUAGCCGCUGCUAUCUUGGGCGGAGUCGACCAAAUCCACAUGCCCCCAGGAAGCAAAGUAUUAUAUUUGGGGGCUGCGUCUGGCACCACCGUGUCCCACGUCUCUGAUGUUGUGGGGCCUGAAGGCCUAGUCUACGCAGUGGAAUUUUCACACAGAUCAGGACGCGAUCUAAUAAACGUGGCCAAAAAGCGAACCAAUAUUAUUCCAAUCAUUGAAGAUGCCAGACACCCGCAUAAAUAUAGAAUGUUGGUUGGAAUGGUUGACACUGUUUUUGCAGAUGUUGCCCAGCCUGACCAAGCUAGAAUAGUGGCCCUAAACGCACAGUACUUUUUGAAAAAUGGGGGCCAUUUCGUCAUUUCUAUUAAAGCCUCGUGUAUUGAUUCAACAGCGCAACCUGAAGCCGUUUUUGCGUCCGAAGUUAAAAGGUUGCAAGCGGAUCAACUGAAACCUCAGGAACAGAUCACUUUGGAACCUUACGAGCGGGACCAUGCGGUUGUUGUGGGGGUGUUUAGACCGCCCCCCAAGAAGCAGCAAUGAUUCUUUUUUGUAUCAUCUAAGAAAUAGCAUUUUUCCUUUCGUUCCGUUUUAAUUUUAAUAAAUAUAUAUCAAUAAAUAA